AUGGAGUCGACUUUGUACCAAGUGCAGUCGCUCUUUUAUCAAGGCGCCUAUCAGGGCUGCAUCGACCUUGCGCUCUCAUCCACCUCGAAUGCACGUUCGUCCGAUCGCGCUUCCGUCUCUACGCUCUUGUACGCCGCACGAUCGCACCUUGCACGCUCGCCCUCCGAUCCCGCCUCGGCACUCUCGCUGCUCUCCUCGCUUCCAUCCGAGCCACAAGUGCAGGCUAUCCAAUCACUGGCACGCUUUGUGCAAGCACACACGCAGAACGACGCCGACACGCUCUCUCGCGAAACGGUCAACCUAACCGAACUGCUCGACCACGCCGUCGUCGGCCAAGACAAGGGCCAGACCAUCCGAUGUGCUGCUGCCACCGCUCUGUUCCUGGAUGGAGAUGCUGAGGAAGCACUCAACACGCUCGGUAUUGGGUCCGGUGCUGGCUCGAGCAAGGAAAUCGAAUGCGUUGCGCUGGGCGUGCACAUCCUGCUAUCGAUCCAUCGUCUGGACCUAGCUGAAAAAGAGUACCUCGCCGCACGAUCUUGGGCGGACGAUUCGCUGCUCAUCCAGCUGAUUGAAGCAUGGAUCGGACUUGCCAAAGGAGGAAGGUCGACGCAACAGGCAUUUUACGUAUACGAUGAGCUCGCACAGAACCCGAGCGCGGUUGGAACCAUCAAUGCUGUCCCGUCAUUGAUCGGUAAAGCGACCGCACUCGCAGCAAACGGCGAUUGGUCAGGCGCAAAGAAGCAGCUCGACCAAGCGGCCAGUUUGGAUCCUACCAACGCCAAUAUUCUGGCCAAUCAAGCAGUCGUGCAAACACACAUCGCUCCGGUGCAGUCAGAGUAUCUGCAACAGCUCAAGCAGGUCAGCGCCUUCCAUCCGCUCUUGACCGAAUAUCAGGCGCUCGAAAAGGCGUUUGAUCAACACGCCGCCAAAUUCAGCCUGGGCGCCACCGCAGAGGCAUAG